AUGACUAUGAACAACCCCAUGGUGUCACUGUUGACUGACAACAAGCUCUCUGGAGCUAACUUUGUCAAAUUGAAAGAGAACAUUAAUAUUGCUCUCAUAGGUGAAAAUGCCCUAUUUGUGUUGACUGAAGAGGUUCCUGAGCAGCCAGGUGAGAAUGCGACCAAGCCAGUCAAGAAAAACUUCGAGCGUUGGCAUAAUGCUAACAACAAAGCUCGAUACUUUAUGAUGUCUAGCAUGGUCGACACUUUGAAAAUAAGGUUUGCCAAUACUCUCACAGCUGCAUAUAUCAUGAACCAAUUAUCUGAACUGUUUGGGAUGGCGUCAGAUCAAGCUUGGUUUGAGGUGACCAAGAAUUUUAUCAAUGCACAGAUGAAACCUCAUCAGAACGUGCGUGAUCACCUGCUUUAG